CAAACAGUGAGCCCACAUUCAUAUUGAUGAACAGCACGGCCCAGUGAUGCAUCAGGCUUUACUUGUUCCCGAAGUCCUCCUGGAUAUAUUUGCCUAUGUGAACACAAUACCAUCUACUCAAACAACAUCGACCCAGAAAUUGCUUGCAGCGCUUGCAAGGACAUGCAAAAUAUUCUAUGAGCCUGCGAUGGAUUUGCUGUGGACUGAAAUCCAUGAGUUGGAACCACUGCUAGGCUGUGUAACAAGGUUACAUCCACUGAUAUAUCGUAGUAGGGGUACGACUUGGCGGGACGAUUUUAUUUCAUGGGCGAAAGGCGUCGAGCCAUUAUCUGCCCAUGAGGCCCAUCAAUUUCUGCGUCACUCCUCCCGUAUACGCACAUUGAACAUACAAUCUGACGAUCCCCACCUACUCUCUGUCAUUUCCACCGAUGCAUGCGUAUUUCCGAGGCUGAGGUCGUUAAGUCUUUCUACGACAUAUUUGGACCUCAUUCUGCCUCACACGCUGCACCAAUGUCAUCUAUUGACUGUCAAUGAAGGUCUGCAAUCUCUCGUGCCACGUUGCAUUGCUUUGGAGCAAUUACGCAUUUAUCCUCAAAUGCGCAAUGGUGGCAGUAUGGCAUAUGAGCUAUCCCUGCUAUGCGAUAGAAUUCGUUGGUGCACGCGGCUUGUAACUCUGUCUUGUCCAAUGCUCGACUCGACAACAUGGAAGGACCUCUCCUACGUCCCUACCCUUCUCAAAUUGGAAAUCGAUCAAGGGUAUCCUUAUAAUGACUCUCCUUCACUGUCAGAACAGGAUAUCGUGAAUUUAUCAUUCCUUAAUAUCACGAGCCUUUCCUUUCGACGGCUGGACGAUGGCGCAGAGAUCAUCACAAUCAUACAACACUCACAAUUUCCCUCACUGAAAGAGUUCAAGUUUGAAGCCAAGUAUCUGAUUUCAGGAGAGGCCGAGCGACUCUUUCAUGCUUUGUCCCGCUGCAAAGCGUGUCAGACUCUAGAAAAAAUCUCCAUUUGUUUAUUUGAUGAAUAUUUCCCGGAACCCCAAGACGUCGAGACUUUGACACCAAUUCCACAUUUCCUUUGCUUCACACAGCUUCGAACCCUGCAGCUCAUGUGUUACAAUUCCUACAUCUACCUGGACAAUGAAUUGCUCUCGCAAGCUAUGUCUAGUUGGCCACACAUCCACACUCUGGAAAUCAACGACUCUGGUGACCAUGUUCCUUCUUCCGAAGUCUCCCUCCGUGGAUUAUUCACAGCGCUUGGUCUAUGUCCACAAUUGCAUAGACUACGAGUCCCGAUCAAUCUUGCAACUAUAGACAUUGAUCCUGAUGCUGAGCCAAUACAACAUACCUCCCUACGAUCAUUGAUAUUGGAGACAUCGGAGUCUGAAAUAGCAGAUGCUGAAACUCUUGCUCGCAUCAUAUCCGCCUGGCUCCCUUGUGUCGACCGAGUUCACAGCAUGUAUGGGAGUUGGGAUGAAGUCAACAAGCAUCUCAAAUCUUUGACAGCGGCUACUGCGCUGUAUGUUGCGGGAGCCUCCUAGAAUACUUCACGUCUGGGAAUGUUGUUACAUACCUUUGCAAAGUUCUUUCGUUAUUUUGUUGUCGUUGUCGUCGCCGUUGACUGUAGUUAUAAACUGCUAUAGUACCUGAACAUACUUAAUCGCCAGCAAAAA